UGUCCAAGUUGGCCAGUAGUUGUAAACAUUGUGGGGGAACCGUUGCACCAGUCGUCGACUUCUCCACAACAACCUACCAUGCUGAUGCCACGCGUUUAUCUUGGCUUUUAUAGAACCUUGUGAGCAUGUACAUAUGAAAAUCAUGUGAUAGAUUUUUGAGAAACGUCGUGGUUUCACGCUUCACCUGUUGCUGUGGCGUGGCAUUUCCCUGAAACUUAAAAAGUGUCCGUCCCUACCGAACAGGUGUUAAUGGUGACUUGGGGCUAAAACCCUAAAAAGAAAAAAUGGACCAAGAAGACGAAAACAUCUCCCUGUUGCUGAACAUGGGGUUCCCGGACGUACAAGCCAUCAAGCGGGCCCUCAAGUUGAGCAACGGGGACGUGAACGAGGCGGUGAUCUUCCUGACGGAGCAGCCGCUGUCCUCUUACACGACUGUUGACGACCUCCGCGACGUGGAGAUGGCUGACCCCGCCCACAGACCCCCUUCCUAUGACCAGCAGGUUGAUGGAGAAAAUGGCAACAGUAUGGAGUUUCCUGCAACGAACUUGUAUGAACUAGAGAGUAGAGUGUUUACAGAUACUUGGUCUAUACCUUACAAGAGAGAAGAGUCCCUUGGAAAGUGCUUAGUUGCUGCAGCAAGACUGGCUGAAGAAGGUCUGUGUGAUGUUGACGAGUCUUGCCAUCGUUUCAUGGAUCGGUGCCUUCCAGAAUGUUUUCACAAACUGUUAGCAAAUGGAGCAGUUCGCAGAUGGGGUUUAGAAAUCCAAGAGGGUGUUUUUAAUAUGCUUGACUUGCUCACAAGCCUUGUAAUUGUAAGGCUAAAGCAUGGGCCAGUUCCAGAGGCCUUACUCAAGGACGUAUAUGCUCUUGCCAUGGAUUCUAAAUGUGAAUGGAAUCAAAAAAACAAACACCGCCCAGCUGAAUUCACUGGAGAUGUCAUAUAUGCAGAAUCUACCUCGCAAUUUGAAUCAUACGGUUGGCUAAUGGACCUCAUUAACAUUUUUGGCAAUCGUGGAGGCUUAGAGCUAGUAGCUGGUCACUUUUCCUCUGAAGAACAACUUGAUGCGGGUCAGAUGGCUGCACUACUCUUUCCUUUAGGGCAGUGUGCCAAGUUUUUGGUAAAGGAUACAGUUUGUCCAAUCAUGUUGCCAGCAGUUUCUCAAGCUCUCCAGUAUGUUGCCAAUCUGGAGGAAAAGCAGCUCAAGGGACAAAAAAUUGGAUCCUGCUAUGACUUGUUAGAAGCGGUACGACUUUUGUGCGUGUCUCUCUGGCCCGAAAAAGUUCAGCGUACAAGUGAUCUGAGAUUGGAAAUGAUUAUUCGCAUGUUAAAAACGCCACAUUUUUCUGCGCGUAUGAAUGCUUUAAAGGAACUUGCAAGGCUUAUUGAAGAUAGCGAAAGGUGUCAUGGCAAUAUUCUUGAUGCAGAUAUCAUUCAAGAAUGGAUGACAAGUAAACGUGUGCUAUCCCUUGCAUUAGAAGGUAACAUCGACCAAGUACAGUAUACAGAUCGCAUGAAGGAGCUUGUAGAGUUUAUGGGGCCAAAGUUGCAAGAGGAGGAGCUGACGCGUAUCUGGCACAUGGCAGAAAAGGCCAGUCCUCAUGUAGUUGACAAUAUCCACCGUAUUAUGGCAGCUGCUGCAACACGCUUCAAUCCUCACCAGUUUGAUCACCUUUUGAGCCUCGUCAGAAAGAGCUGGGAUGGUGGAAAUGAUCGCUUGCGUGAAAAACUUCUCACUUUCAUUGGGAAGAUUGGCCAAGAUUCACACUUGGGUCGAACUGCAGAGAAGAUGCUUGAUGCCCUGUGGGCUCUAGCCCGUGUUCCAGCUUUACCACCAAAACUAGUGCAUCAAGCAAUGAAUGAACACCUGACCAUUCUUAAUGAAUCUGCUACAAGAGACCAGCUUCGUAAAUCUUAUAUAGUGCGCUGUGUUGAAGAUAUUAAAAGAAGCCCAGCUGUUUACCUGCCACUUAAGCAGCUUCAUUAUUUGGCACAGUCAAUCACAAAGGGAGGAGCAUCUUACUUUAAAACUGAAAAGGCAACCCUAUCUGAACUUAACCGCAGCCAUGAGAUUGUCAAACUUAUAACCUUGAGUCUUGGUAAAUGUCAUGCUCUGGCAGUGUCUACAUGUGGUAACCAACAGCCACCACCGAGUACUCUAAUCGAUGGCAAAUAUACACAUGAUCAUUAUUUAAAGGUUCAUCUCGAGUUUCUACAGUUUUUGCUAAAAGAAGGUGACAUUUAUCUAGCCUGGCCACGUUGCAAAGACAUUUGGGACACACUAGUGGCUAACCCUACAGCAUCCAGUUAUGAUAAGGAGACUUGUUUCAGUUGGUUUAGUGGAUGUCUUGGUGACCUGGAAAGCAGUACUCAGCGUGACCUCUUUUGUGAGAAGCUUCUUCGUCUUGAUCCUGUCACCAUGACUCGCCCCGCAUUCACCUGCUUUGUUGAUUACUUUCAUGCAGUGAAUCUGAAUGAUCACAAGCUUAUACGGAGUGGAAAUGUAAUUAUUGUAGAUAAACUUGAUCCCCUCGGAAUGGAGUUCAUAUGGCAGCUUGUACUGGAGUGCCAGGAGGAGCAACUUGCAGAAGAUGCCAUGAAACUCUUGCUUGACAUGUCAUACAUGUCUCUCUCUGUUCGCCUCAAACGCGACCCUCCGCAGCAUCAUUCCAAAUUUAUCUCAGAGUGUUAUAAAAAACUAGAGAAGUCCAUGUUACGUGUAAAUGAAACUGCAGUUGGGGCUGCCGUCUCUACAGCUACAAAGACAUUGACAGCUAUGGCAGUAUCAGAUUUAGGAGGACUUCCUUCUACAUCUAGAAAUAACUGCCUCCAGCACAUACGUCGAGUCUUAUUGUUAGCCGAGCGCUAUGUUAGUUGCAUUGAGGAGCAGCAUCCAGGUCCACGGUCCCUCCCUCCUCAUGGUGCCUCGUUUACAGGCACACCGGUGAUACUUCAUGUUAUAUGUGAUUCAAGCAAGAUGGAAAUUAACAUUGAGUGCCACAGUAACGAGCAUAUUGGUGCAGUGCGAGGAAAAAUUGCCAAUUAUGCCCGAGUUCCCUUAGACCAGGUUCAGACACUCUCAUUUGGAGAAAGUUGUGGAGGCAUGCUAGUAAAUGGUGGAGAGCAGGACAAUCGUCUUCUGCAUCACUUGGGUAUCACGUCAAACAUGGCAGUCAUAGCAAAGAUUAAUAUGGCAAGCACUGCCCAACUCAAAGAGGUUGGUGAUAAUUGGGAUGAAUUGCCAGGUACUGCCAGUUAUUGUGAUACAGUUGAGGAAGGCAGCUCCAAUGGUGCCGGAGCUUCUGGAACGGCAAGUGGAGCAGUUGCUGGGCCCUCAAGAUUAGGUGCCAGAGCUUUCUCGGCAGCUGUUGGUGAUGGCCAUGGAAGUAGAUACAAUUUGGACCUAGAAAAGCAACUGCCAGGAGUUGUUAUGGCCAGUCAAGGCCGUGAUGUCUUUACAAUGCUUUAUCAGCUCUCCCAACUAGAUGAACCUAGGAUUGUGGAGGCUGUUCGACGCGUACUAUAUCUUGUGCCUACGGACCCAAGCAUUGCUGACAAGUUUGACUCGAUAUGCAGUGCUGGAAUUACUGCCUCUGAUACUAGCCCAAGGACUACUCCUUAUGGCUCUCCUGCCAAGAGAGAUAAGACUCGAGAUAAGGAGAAAGACAGAGAAACUGGACGAGAAGUUUUACGUUCUUUGCUUGAUUUAUCAGCAGCUGAUAUGACACCAUUUAGACUUUUGUAUAACAUUGAGGUCCUUUCAGGAAAAAUCAUGCCAAUUUCAGCAGAAGGCCAUAUAAACAAUAAUGCUCAUUUCUGUGAAGAAUUCCUUAUGUGUGGAGGACUGAGCCUUAUUACAGCAUUGCUACAGAAAGACUCCCUGCCUCAGGAAGUUGACUAUGAGAUUCGCCAGAAUGUUUAUUUAAUAACAUUGCAAAUAUUAAGGUAUUUACUUUGUGGGUCAACACCUAAAGGACAAGAACUACCUGUAAUUGGGCAACAACCACAUCCGGGCCCACCAAAACGUUCAGCCCUUGAUUCAUCAGCUCAAACUAGUCCUCCUCCCAUUGCGUUUUCUUCGUUUACGCCCAUUAUUGCCAGCAGGGUCAUAUUGGGAUUCAGUGUAGAAGAAUGGAGCGAGAUGGUGUCAAGCUUGAUGAGAGUAUCAUGGGCUGGUGCUGCAGGAAAGCUCUACCUCUCAUCAGCAACACUCAAUAUGCAUGACCCAGUUCUUUCACCACCUGAAAACUGCAAAUCCUCCAGGCAGAGUAGCACAGGUAGUGCCCAUAGCUCAAGCAGUGAGAGUGAAGGUGUGUUGCAGUGUGGCGUUUGUGUGCAGCAUGGGAUAGUGCGGCCCACUGAUUCCCUUAUAGCCUCGCAAGCUCUUCACCUCCUUGUAGCCUGCCUUAGAUUCCGUCCUCAGCUAAUUGAUAGGUGGUAUGAAAUGGUGAAUGUAAAGGACUUUAUUGUGGACGUUUUAGUUGGAUGUAGCGGUGAAGGAGUAAGAGAAGUGGCUUACCAACAGUUCACCAGUCUUAUCAACAUGUCCACACCAGCUGAUGUUCAUCCCAAGCAAUUCCUUUCUCAGGUGCUCAUGAAAGCUCCUCUUCCUCUAUGGGUACCCUCCACUAGUGCUCGUGGUGCAACGCUCAAACUUCUAUCACAGUGUACCCAGUACUUCAGUCUCAGGUCUAAGCUAUUAUCUGGGCUCAGUGCUCAUGAUCAAGAAGUGCUUGGAAUCAAUGUUCAUCAGAUGCUAGAAGAUGAAAUAGGGUGGCUCACAAAUUUUAACGCCACUAGAGAAGCUGCUCGGGAAAGACCGGAGUCUGGCAUACCGACUUUGCGCAGUGCUGAUAAUGUUUUGCUGGCAGGCCAUCUGACUCUUAUUACUGCUUUGUUGUCAUGUGAAGGAAUUAACAAGGAAGAAACCGGUGCUACCCUCAUUCCUAUCCUUGUUUUUGAGUAUCUGUUCCCCGCAUCCAAGCUGGUUAUGGAGGGAGGAUCAGAGCAGGACUCACUAAGUGCCAGUAGAAAUUAUUGGGCCAAGUGCACUGGCAAGGAGUCCCGACUAGCAGCUCAUCAACUCCUUGUUCAUUUAGUGAUUCAUUCUGAACUGAACAUGAGAACACUUACUGGACAUCUUGUGUCCUUGCACCAUACACUCAAUCCAGACUCACUAAAGGAGUUUGAGUAUGCACCAGCUGUAGAUGGCAGAUGUGCUAGUGGCUAUGUAGGUCUAAAGAAUGGAGGUGCAACAUGCUAUAUGAACUCAGUCCUUCAGCAUCUCUUCUUGGUUCCAGGAGUACCUGAGGACAUUCUUGCUGUCUGUAGUGAUGAUGAAAAUGAAGAAAGUUUGUUCUAUCAGCUGCAGAUGGUGUUUGGCCACCUCAUGGAGUCUCAGCUACAGUAUUAUGUGCCAGAUAAAUUUUGGAAAUGCUUUAGGAUGGAUGGACAACCAGUCAACGUCAGGGAACAGCAAGAUGCAUUUGAAUUUUAUACAAGAUUGACAGAGCAGAUAGAUGAUUAUUUGAAGAGUCAGCAAAGAGAAAGCGUGUUUGCUCAGCGAUUCGAAGGAGUCUACUCCAUUCAGAGAUUAUGUCAGAACUGUCCUCACAGAUAUGAAAGAGAAGAACCGUUUUUAGCCCUGAACCUUACUGUCACAAAGUGCCAUGAUCUUCAGGACUCUUUGGACCAGUUUGUUAAGGGAGAACUCCUUGAAGGUGACAAUGCUUAUUACUGUGAGAAAUGCAAUCAAAAGAGAACUGCCAUUAUUCGAACAUGUGUGAAGUCUCUACCACCUGUCUUGGUUAUUCAGUUGAAGAGAUUUGGUUAUGACUGGGAAGCUUCCCGAGCUCUGAAGUUUGAUGAUUAUUUUAAGUUUCCUUGGAUUUUGGAUAUGAGUCCGUACACUGCAGAAGGCUUAGCUGAACAAGAGGAAGAUCCAGGUGGUGGUGAGAGUAGAACUGUUCCAUCUCCAGAUCUUACGGAUUCUCUGCUAUCUUCAAAAGUUAAUACAUCUACACACACACCAGGAAAGUCUAGAACAUUAAAGGCAUCUUCACAUACACCUCGGAUAAAUACAAGAGUGCAUCACAAAGGAGGAGUCUAUGAACUUGUAGGUGUAAUUGUACAUAGUGGACAGGCCAGUGCAGGACACUACUACUCAUAUAUUAAAGACUGCAGAGGAGACCCAUUGACAAAUCCCAACAAAGGUCGAUGGUUCAAGUUUAACGACACCAGUGUUGAGCAAGUUGAAAUGAAUGAUACACUCCUGGAACAAGAAUGCUUCGGUGGUACAUACAAAGCAAAAGUCUCUUAUGAUUCUUCAAAUCCACUUCCAGAAGAUCGACUAAGGUAUUGGAAUGGUUACAUGCUCGUUUAUGAUUGCACGGAUGAAAGAAUGGCAACCCCUAAGACACCAAAAACUCCAAAGGUGGGGGUUAUGUCCCGAUCUUUCAGGGCCUCGACCAGCAGUGCAAGAAAGAGUUUGCCACUUGGAGGCGGGAGUAGUGAGAGAAGAGCUCGCACUAGUCUGUGCGAGUUAAGCCAACUUCUUCAACAGGGGGAGAGACAAGGAAUGUUCCGUGAGCACAUGCCUCCACGUAUUCUGUCAGCCAUCACACAUGAAAACCUCACUUUUUUUAAGAACCGUGAUGUUUUCUCUCUGGAUUAUUACUCAUUUGUGUAUCAACUCUGCUCUGCUAAUUUGGUGAGAAAAGUACUUUUCUGUGGGGAGCCCCACCAGCUCCCCGAAGCUUUCACACUGAUUAAGUGCCAUACUACUAGGCGUCAUCAGUCGUGGAGUUCUAUUGGCCUACCAGGGGACCAUGAACCAGAAUCUGGUCCCCUCAGAGAGGUGCAAAGAGCAAUGGCCUAUGAACAUUUUAUAUCUAAAGUUCAGCUUCAAAUCAUCUUUGCCACCAUCCAAGGAAAGGCACCCAGAAAAAUAUGCAAAUUUCGCGUUCAGGGCAUGCCCGGCGUCCUGGCCAAUGGAAUGCACAUUGCGCCACUUUUGCUCGAGUGCCCUAACAAAAUGAUCCGAGGACAGUUCAGCAACCUAUUAGGUUCUAUCUUCAAGGCAGAGUAUGAUCAUUGUAAUUGUGUUGAUAGUGUGCAGAGUAUAAUGAAAUACCUCAUCUCUCUGAUGGUUUCUGAUGUGCCUGCAGCUGUCAAAACUUCCUACCAAUAUUUUUCAUUAUUGUACUGCUAUUGCCAGCAGGGAAGUGCUCAGUGCAGGCAGAUUCUUAACUUGGGUGGUUUCUCAAGUCUCCUCAGUUUUCUCUUGGGACCGUCUGACUUGGAGAAGCGACGGUGGUCUCCAGUGCAGGCUCAAGACUUCGGUCCUCUACAUUCUGUAAUAGCAACGUUGAUUAUAGCUUGUGAUAUGUGUCCUCAUCAAACUACAGAUUCAACAAGUGAACAGAAAAGCAAAAUUGAACCCAAGAAGUUAGUGAUGCCUGGAGAAGUGGUUCAGGUCUUGUACGGUGGAGAUCAGUCUCGCUGGUUGAAGGAGGCUGUCAUGGCUUACAAAGAAAUAACAGGCAACAUACCUCAGCUGACAUUGACAUUAAAAGAAGCUGCAACAAUGAAUUCUUCAUUCACCAGUGCUCUUUUGACAGCAGUGAUGACUGAAUAUGCAAAGCCUCCUUCAAAUAUGUUGAAAAAUUUAUCUCAGCUCCUCAUAGAAAUAUUGAAUGUGAGUGACUCCCUACAGUCUAGUCGCACCAUUGCUGUCCUGGAAGGAUUUCAGAGCUCAGAUGAAGAAAACAUUAUGGGCCUUUUAGACAUGAUUGGAACCAACAAAGAUUAUGACAGUAGACGAGCUUACCAGUGCAUCAAGUUGGUGGUAACGCUCUCUGCCCGUUGCCCACUAGCCCGGGAUCAUCUUACUCGUACCCAGACUCGCUGGCAGUGGGCUGUCGAGUGGCUACGAGGAAAAAUGGAUGACCAUUCAGCAACUCUUUCAGCAGUUACUGGGAUGAGCAAUGAAGAUUCCAACACUAAAAAUUUCCAACGUACAACUAGUGCACAGUUAACAUUGGAGGAGGCUACAGCUCUGCUCAGCGAGUUAGAAUCAACGGAGAUGGAAAUUGAAUGUGAUCCUACUGAACUAGGAGAUAUUAAAGAAAGUGUUUCUGAACAUGAUGCAUCACCAUCCCAUGAUUUAGAUGCAAUUGAUCCCUAAAAUUUGACUAAAGUUUCAUAAGUAAAUAACUUUUGGUUAAAAGGAUAAUGAGUCCUUGAUAUGAUCUCCCACUAUUUGGGAGGGCUCAAAAAGGUCCCCAUCCCUAAUUCCUUUAUCUGGGGAUAUAUUAGGAAUGUAAUAAGGGUGCAAGAAAGCAUGUGUAACUAUGCUAAUAUAGAAGCUGUGUUCUUUCAUAUUCAAUACUAAAAGUUCAAUAAUGUAACUCAUCAGUCUCUUUAAUUAUAAUUCAUCCACGUUUGGCAAAACCAGCUGUGAUUUAGAGAUUAUCAUAUUUAAUAUAUAUAUAUAUAAUAAUAAUAAUGAUGGCUGGGAAUACCUUCAUAGGAAAAUUUUAUAUGCUCAUUAUUCGAAGAAGCAUUUAAAUUCUCCGUUGUUACUUUUAGGGCUUUUUAAUUUAAUAAAAAGUUCAUGUUUUCUGAAUGCAAGUCAAAUCUGGUUAUUUUAUAGAGCUUAAUUGCCUCGUUUCUUUCAUUGUGAGAUCGGUCUUUGUGAAAAUAGCAUUUUUUGAAAGGCUUUUGCGAUGAGCAUUUUCCAGUAUUUGAUAGUAUCCAGUCCUUUACAUUGUGACUUAAUAUUGUUAAUACCAAAAGUGCCAUAAAUAUAUUUUAUUCAAGCUUGUUUUAGCAUUUCUUGCAAGAGUACAAAGCUGUAGAGCAUGGCUGAAAAAAAAACAAAAUGAAUUAUUAUACACAUGUAAUACCUAUACCUUUCAUGCACCAAAAUUUGAAUUACCCGGUAAUCUUAUUUAGAGGAUACUUGUUUUGUCUCAUAUUUGGCACCCAAUCACAGGAAUUGUUCAUCGUAAAUUAGAGAUAAUGUAUUCCUCGCCUUUUAAUGGUUUUAAUUAUAAUGACCAUAAAUCCUGUUUAGUAUAAAACAUGAAAAGUUUAUUACUUUACAGGUACGUAUUUUUUAUGAUUUAUCUCCAUUUGAUGGAUGGUAACGAAAUUGAGUUAACGGUGAUGAAAUGUUCUAAUUAAGAUAAAAUAAUCUUAAUUUUCCCUUAAGUUUUGCUUUUAGUUUUAAGCACUGAGUGUAACAGCAAAUAAAAGAAUUUCCAGUAACAUUUUGUUACAAUUGGAGCGA